AUGUCGGUCCCAAAAUCUGCUGCACGGAUGGAUUACUGGAGGGAGUAUUUUGGUAGCGCUAAUGCGAAUAUAUUCGAUAUCAUUGAAGGAGCGAUCAUGAUGGCUGCUUCUGAUUAUCCAAAAGAGUUUAGGAUUAGGAGAGAUUCGAUUGCUCAGACCUUGUUCUCCUGUAGAUUAAUCAAAUGCUCUGGUUGUGAUAAAGAGGAAUUAGCCUUGCCUGUAGAUGAUAAUGCUGAUGAUGAUGAUGAUGACGAUGACGAUGACGAUGACGAUGAUGCUGGUGAUGAUGAUGGAGAUGAAGGGGUUAAGUAUAAUAGUAAAUUAACAGAUGUUGAUGGGAACUGGAGUAAAGAGAGCAGCAAGGUGAUAAAUAGUUCUAGAAACGAUGAUGAUAAUGAUGAAGAAGAAGAAGGAGAAGAUGAUGACGAUGAUGAUGAUCAUCAUCAUCAUCGUGAUGUAGAGGUUAAUGAAAUGAACCACCAUGUUAGCAAUUACAGCUAUGGAGAUGCAGAAGCUCUUACCGAUGAAAUUGAAGAAGAAUCCCGGAUGUUUGAUGAGGUUAUGAGGAUUAAAGAGAUUGUUGACAACAGCCCAGAUGAGUCUACAUUCGACAUAUGCAAUUCGUUAAGGAAGCUUCAAUUGAUGAAUUUAUCAGUAGAAACACUCAAGGCAACUGAGAUUGGAAAAUCCGUUAAUGUUCUUCGAAAGCAUGCAUCAAAGGAUGUUCGCCAAAUUGCAAGAGUGCUAAUUGAGGUGUGGAAGCACAUGGUAGACGAAUGGGUGAAUGCUACGACUAAAGUGACUGUUUCUGAAGCUACCCCCGAGUCGAUGAAUCCAUCUGUUCUUGAUGAAGAGGAAGGCCUUCCGUCACCUCCUUUAGACGAUUUAGCAUUUUUGAACCCUCACGCAAUGUCAUUGGAGCUAUCUGAGAAGUUCUUUGAUGGCAUGGAUGAUUACGGAAAUCCUAGGAUAAGCACGGAAUCCAACAAGAACCGUGAUCACAACAGAAAGCCACCAGUCGAGAAGCAAAACGCAACCAAGUUGAAAGAACAAAAACCAUUAAACGGGCCCACCAUGGCCCGAAAGGAGGAUCGUGACUCUAAUGUUAUAAAGCAACCAACCGGUUUCAAACCAACUAGACCUCCCAUUGCCAACUUGGCACCACGAAUUAAACCAAAUGACCGCAAGUUGCAAAACCCUGAAAAACCUACUCUUCAAAAGAGACCAAUCGCACAUCAACAACGCAAACCGUGGCGUGCGGAUGGGGAAAGCGUGCAAGACAAGCUUGAAGAGACAAAAAGGAAACUACAAGAACGUUAUCAACAAGCGGAAAACGCGAAGAGACAACGAACGAUACAAGUGAUGGAACUGCAUGAUCUACCAAAGCAGGAGGUUCAGGUUGACCGGAAAAACCAACAGAUGAGGCCUGGUAACAACCAUAACAGACAUUGGGCGCAUGGGCGUUGCUGAGCUUUUUUGGGAAUAUAUAUAAAUAUAUGAAUAUGAAUAUAAUAUAUAUUAGUAUAGUACAAGUGGGAAAAAGGGUUGGUGUUGUUUAUCUUAAGUGUUCAUUAUUGACUUUUGUUGUAUAGAGAGACCACAACCACCCCUUCUGGCCACUUCUAAAUUGGUUGGCUGGGGUUUGGGACCCACCUUACCCUAUCCCCCACCCCACCCCCAUCCCCUACCUACCCCAUACUCACAUAACAUAAAAAGCAUAUUCUCAUGACAUGCUUUGAGAGCACAUACAUAUUAGGUGCAUUUAGUGGUCAAUACACUUGCUAAGUGCAUUGUAAUAUGUGAAGUUAG